AGCUGAUCAGUUAUUUAACGGUCAAAGCUUCCGAGAGAACGUAUAUUUUUUAGCUCCGUAAUUUCGCUUGCACGCGUGUUGUUUUUGCCCGUUCGCCGUGCACUUGGGCGCACUUUAAAAAGCAUUGACUACGGGAAAGGUCAUUGCGACGAGGGAGCUCCAAUCACUGGUAGUGACGUUUGUGGAAAAAUCAAUUCAGACCAGUGACGGACGUCGACCUGCAGUUCUGUGAUAAGCAAAUACCCUAAACAACAUCAUGCCUGUGGGAAAGUUUGACGCCUGGGAUACGGCUGUCCUGAUCUGUAUCCUGGUAAUUUCGGCCCUGAUUGGCAUAUACUACCGCUACACGGGCGGCAAACAAAAGACCACGCAGGAGUACCUGAUGGCGGACCAGAGCAUGACUACCUUUCCGGUCUCCUUCAGCUUGAUGGCCAGCUUCAUGUCGGCCAUCUCCCUAAUGGGCGUCUCCAACGAGUCCUACGAGUUUGGAACGAUGUUCUGUGUAAUCAACAUUGCCUACGUUCUCAGCACUCCUAUUGCCGCGUACGUUUUCCUGCCGGUAUUCUACAGGAUGCGGACCACCAGCGUGUACGAGUACCUAGAGCGACGUUUUGGCCAAGCCACCCGGUUGUGCGCAUCCCUAGCAUUUACCGUGCAAAUGGUGCUCUACAUGGGCAUUGCUCUCUAUGCUCCGGCUCUCGCCUUGGAGGCAGUCACAAACAUUCCGCGGUCAAUGGCUAUCGUGGUCAUCGGACUCGUGUGCACCUUCUACUCAACCCUUGGCGGACUAAAGGCAGUGCUUAUAACGGAUGUCUUUCAGUCCUUCCUCAUGUUUGCAGCCAUCUAUGCAGUGAUUACUGUUUCGGCCAUAAAAGCCGGAGGAUUUGCUGCCAUAUGGGAGGUCGCUGUGGAGCGAGGCCGAGUUAGCUUUGAUGAGUUCUCCUUGGACCCUACCGUGAGGCACACUUGGUGGUCACUCAUAAUUGGCGGCAUGGUCACCUAUCUCUCUCUGUAUGGAGUAAAUCAGACACAAGUCCAGCGACUGUUGAGUGUUCGCAAUUUAAAAAGCGCUCAGUCGGCGCUGUGGUGGAAUUUGCCUAUCCUGGGAAUGCUUAGCUUUAGCACCAUAUUCAGUGGACUGGCCAUAUUCUACUAUUACCGCGACUGUGAUCCUGUGCUUGAGGGACGCAUCGAAAAGCGUGAUCAAGUCAUGCCACUCUUCGCACUGGACACAAUGGGUCAAUACCCUGGGUUGUGUGGCCUGUUCGUCUCCGGAAUAUUCUCCGCCAGUCUCUCUACGAUUUCUUCGGCAGUCACAUCGCUCUCAGCCGUUACGCUGGAGGAUUAUCUAAAACCCUUGUAUAAGACGAUAUUUAAGCGGACAUUGGUAGACUCCAAGUCCACGCUACCCACGAAAAUUGUGGCUUGUAUCUUUGGCCUGCUAUGUAUUGGUCUGGCGUUUGUGGCUGGCUCCAUGGGCGGUGUCCUGCAGGCUUCGCUUACUAUUUUCGGAGUUGUGGGCGGACCGCUGCUUGGCAUCUUUACCCUGGGAGUUUGCACUACGCGCACCAACCAACGAGGAGUGCUAUUGGGAUUCCUCGUAUCUCUGAUAAUUUCCUUCUGGAUGGGUUUUGGCGGACCCAAACCAAAGCCUAUUACCCUGGAGUUCAGCAUGUCGGGUUGUGAAAACGCCACCUCUGUGUUAGCAAAUGCCAUUGAAUUCAGCGCUAAUACCAGUCCGGUGGUCAUCGAACCGCACUACUUUUGGUUAUAUCGAAUUUCGUACUUAUGGUUAAGUGUGAUCGGCUUUCUUAUCGCUGUGGUCGUUGGCUACGGUAGCAGUAUUGUGCUGGCGCACUUUGGAAGGGCAGAAAACACGGAAAUCUACUUGGACAAGUAUCAGAAGCAACUGGACUACGACCUCUUCGCACCCGCGCUGUCUCGUCGCUGGCGACGCAAAGCAGAAGAACAAAUACAAACGGUUCAGGACGAAACGCUCACCAAAUUAACUCAACAGUAGUUCCGACCGCUUUAGAAUUAAGGUAAUAUAUUUAUGAAAAGAAAAGAAUUUCCAGGAGGCGUUGGCUUAGUCUUGUUAGAGAUGUCGUACCUAAACGUGCAUAACUUGUGACCUUUUUGUAUACCUGUGUGAACAAAAAUUGCAUACAGAGCGACCAAAACAGAGUCUUCCAUAUACAUACAUAUAAACAACGAUAAUUAUUAAAUUAUAAAAUUAUUAAACGUGUUGCGCAUGUUCAUAGGAGAUUAUAAAGGGCCUCGUAGGAAUAGGCAAAUGUUUUUACAAUAAUAUUUAAAGGGUAGAAUUCUACCUCGAUACACUUUUACAAGGGACAAUAACUACAUUGAAGCCCAGAUAGCGUGUUGGCCGAUUACUUUUCCAUGUUGAGCAUUGACAGCCAUAAUGUUCUACAUAAAUUAUUGAUUUAGUUGUAACUUAAUUUUAUCGGUAUAUUUAUAUUCAUGUCUACUUAAUUUAAUUAAAUCUGUUUACUCAGUUAUACGACUCACAGUUUCCACAAUCAUCUUUCAUAUAUAUAAUACAGCUCGAGGUCAGGGUUUUAAAUAUACACUACAGUGAGCACUCCUAUAAAUAGUUACUGAAAUGCUCUUAAUGCAUUACACUGCGCCACAUUGUGAAUUGAGUUUACUUAUAUACUACCUCUAGAUGUACACAAAUAUACUAUAGAAAUAAAUAUAUACGUGCGUCGCGUCGCAAUCAACUUUUGAACAAUAAUAACUCUAAGCAGUGAAAGUUAUUUGUAUUUGUAAAAACAAGCUGCUGACCAUUAAAGAAAACUGUUCUACAAAAUGUGAUUGAAA